AUGGAUAAUUCGCAAAAUUUUAAUCUAAAUAGAUUACUGGAAUCAAUUUCAAUCAUUAAGGCUGAUUUAGAUAAAUUAAAUGAAUUUAAUACAUUUGUUCUUAUGUGCAGAGAACUAACUAAGGUAUUUUUGAGUUCUCCUUAACAAUAGAUUUUUAUGGAAAUGGGUGGAAUUUUAAAAAAAGCUUUUGAAGAUAUCACAUCUAAAUGUAGAAUAUUAGAAAGAAAUUGGAAUAUGCAUAAACAUGGAUCUUUAAUUGAUUUUAUAUUAUUUGAGAAAUAGAAGGGUAUUAAUAUUUAUUAUAUUAUAGACAUUGCAAAAUUAAAUGGUUAGAACACUGAAAAAUUUGGAUAUAAAGAAGGAGACUUCUAUUUUGAUUAUGAGUCAUCAGCACGUACAAUAUUAAGACUUAUGUGGUUUUUCGAUUUUGUUUGUUAUAUGACUAAUUAAUUGAUAACUGAUUAAAAGAAAAGUUUCAGUUCUAUAUGCUCAGAAGCAUAUAGUGAAAGUCUUGCCCCUCAUCAUUCAUUCACAAUAAAAACAGCUGUAAAAGCAGGUUUAUUUACUGUUGGAAGGUAUAAUCAUAUUAAAUAGAUAGUCGUGAUAAUUUCUAUAAAGUUUUAUUUAAAGAGAAUGAAAAUAAAGAAGAAAAAUUGGCAUAAAUUAGAGAUACACUUAUGAAAUUGAAGACAAGACUAUGGACAUUAUAUAAAAAUGAAAAUUUGGAUGAAUUGCCAUGA